AGUUCCUCGUACACUUUUUUACUUGAGUACGAGCAAUGGAGCGAGACGACACUCCGAUUCUGGGUCAAAUCGUGGUGAAAGUAUACGGAAGACGAUGGUACAUUUUGGCCUUGUACAGCUUCAUCUGUUGUUGGCAAUGUGCCUUGUGGAACACGUGGUCUCCCAUCGCUCAAACCAUGAAAGCAGCCUUUGGCUGGAGUAACGGCGUGAUUGCACUCUUGGCCAAUUGGGGAUGCAUCACCUACUUGAUCCUCAUUCUACCCGUGGGCUGGCUCAUGAAGUGGUCCAUGAGAGUCUCUGUGCUCAUGUGUGUGGGACUGAUGCUUCUGGGAUCUGCUAUGAGAUGCCUGCCCAUUGUGCUGGACAUCUCCGACUACAUGUUCUUGAUUCUUGCCCAUGUGAGUGCGUUUUUGAUCGGAAUUGCCGAGAUUGUGACCAUGUCUGCAGCUCCAGCCAUCUCCGCUAUUUGGUUCCCAGUCCAGGAAAGAACCACGGCCACGGGAAUCGCUCAAGUGGCCAAUAUCUUGGGCAAUUCGGUGUCUUUUUUUGUUGAUGUGGAGCUGGUCCAAGAUCUGGGAAAUGUGACGAGUAACGUAACCAACGAGGAGAAGCAGGAGAUGAGGCAGGAUGUGAUGACUCUCAUGUGGGUGAUGGCGAUUCCCAGUGCGGUUUUGGCACUAUUGGUAUUGGUCUACUUUCCAUCCAGUCCACAAUAUCCGCCCAGUAGAUCAUCUGGUGAAGAGAGACUGGGAUUCUCCGAAGGCGUGAUGAAACUAUUGAAGAAUUGGAACGCAUGGCUUAUCGCCUUGAUUAUUUCCAUCCCAGCUGGAACCAUAGGCGCUUGGUUGUCUCUCCUGGUGGAGAUUCUACCCAGUUUUUGCUUCGACGAUGAGGAUUGUUUGACCCAAGAGUGGGUGAGUUGGUUGGCCAUCGUGACGAAUCUGGCCAGUUGUGGUUGUGCUUUGAUCAUUACUUACUUCACGGACGUGUUCCGGGGCAGAAUUCGUGGAACAGUCUUGAUUCUCUUCGCGGUAGGAACAGUAGUGUUCACGUUUCUCACUUUGGUCACCAUGGAGAUCUUUGUGUUCUCAUCCAUGAGUACGACCAAGACUGCCAUCUAUAUUUUAUUGGUUGUGGGAACCACCUUGUCCACAGGUGUGAUCCCACUUUGUACGGAAUUGGCUGUGGAAAUAUGCUAUCCAACCGCUGAGGUCGUUGUUGGGGGUUGGCUCUCUGUUUGGAUCAACUUCAUUAGUAUGAUUUACUAUUGCAUACUUGACAUUCCCGAUAUUGGCGUGGACUGGUUAAAUUUCACCCUCCCUUUGUCGAUGGUAGUAUCUUUGAUAUUAAUGUUCUUCGUCAAUCCUGAGUACAAACGAAGUCGCGUAGACGAAGUUGGUGACGCAAUUUUGGGCACCCUGAUACAAAACCAAGUUGAAGAUGACGAUUCACUCCUGUUCAAUGAUGUCAAGUUGAGAUUACAAUCAGAUGAAUGAAAAAUA